AUGGGAAGUCAAAUCCAAAAAUCGCAAGUCAAUAUGAAAGCACAACUCUCUCGAAAAAUUCAAAGGCCUCAGGCUAAGGCAGAGUUUAUAGAAGUAAGAGUUAACGAUCCAGGAGCACCCAUUAACUCUUUUUUAGUUGAAUCUAAGAAUUCUUUAAUUGAAAAUACUAUGCUAAACACCGAAGAUCAAAUUCAAAACCAUGAUAAUUCUUAGAAUUUUGAACCUAGAAAAAAUACUCACAAUUCAAACAAUGAUCAUAUAUAAUCAAUCAAAGGAAUUCUUAAAAAUAAAUCCAAUAUGUCUCAAUCUUCCUCGAGAUAUUUCAAUGAAGAAGCCAAAUUUGUGAGAUUUUAAUGUAGAAAUACUCGCUUCUCUUAGCAAAGAAUUAGAGAUGUUGAAAAAGUUAAAAAACCUAGAAAAGGCAGAAUCUCUACUCUAUUAUGA